AUGACGGUCGGAAACGAGGUGAAACUGGUGAUUUUCGAUAAAGAUGGCACACUGGUAGAUUUCCAUCGUAUGUGGUUGCCAUGGGCCUCGAAUACGGUACAAUUACUUGAAAGAGCUACAGGACGACCAGUUGGUCCAGCCGUCUAUAAAACACUCGGUGUAGAUCCCAUCCAGGGCAAGGUCUCCAUGGGAGCUUUGGCAGAGAAGACACUCACUGGAAUUCGUGCUGAUGUCUCUGCUACGCUACAGGGAUUUGGCAUAUGUGCCGAAGAUGCGGAUAAGAUCGUUGUACGAGCCGUACCAGAAGCCUCACCCGGACAAACAGCACCGGUUUGCGAUCUGCAGAAACUAUUCCGUGAACUGCGAGCGCUCGGCUGCAAAAUGGCUUUGUGUACUGCUGACAGCAGGUACUGA